AUGUUUGAUUACAUAUCUCAUGUAGGUCACAAUGUUCGUAUCAGUGGUCAGGAUGUGGGCAGAGGUACAUUCAGUCAUCGUCAUGUGAUGUUGGUGUGUCAGGAAUCAGACAGGAUGUAUAUACCUUUGAAUCACAUGUGUACAGACCAGUCUUCAUUUCUUGAGGUAAGUGGACUUCGCAUUGGUUGGUCUCAGGAAGUGUUACGGGGCAACAUGAGUGGUCAACUUCAGGAAUUUUGACACUUACAGUAGCAAUCAAUCCCUUGACAUUUAUGAGACAAAGACACGGCGGCCAUGUUGGAGGAAAACACGCUCCAAAUAUAAUCACUGCUAAUCAUAUUCUUUUGUUAGCGUUCCUCCAAUAUGGCUGCGACGACGCCAAGUGCAAACCACGAAAUUUAUCUUCUAUUUUCCCAUAUAAAUAACAGAUAUCAGAGGUGUUACUUAACACUUGCCCGCUUGCCCGGGACAAGUGAAUAUCACAUGAUGGGCAAGUAAACGUUUUAUCUUGCUUGCCCGAUUGGGCAAGUUGCCUUGCCACAAAAAGCUGGACAUCUUUAAGUUUAUGUCUUCAUUGUCGGAUAUAAAUUUUUUAUAGUGCAUGGCCUUGAUUCAAAUUUUGUUUUUUGUGGGCCAAAGCUAGAUCAGAGGCAGUAUAACAUAGCCAUAUAGAGCAGUGGAAGAACGGAUCGACAUGUGGCCCCAAGCUGGCUUCAAACAUGUUGCGAACACAUAUUGUUGACAAGUUGCUGGAACAGCAUUGCUACAACUUGUUAACAAGCUUGCUACAAGCCUGUUGAGAACACAUCUUGUUGGCAAGUCGUUGGAACAGCAUUCUCACAACUUGUCAACAAGCUUGCUACAAGCCUGUUGUGGAGACAACUUGUUGACAAGUUGUUGGAACAGCAUUGUCACAACUUGUUAACAAGCUUGCUACAAGCCUGUUGUGGAGACAACUUGUUGACAAGUUGUUGGAACAGCAUUGUCACAACUUGUUAACAAGCUUGCUACAAGGCUGUUGUGGAGACAACUUUUUGACAAGUUGUUGGAACAGCAUUGUCACAACUUGUUAACAAGCUUGCUACAAACCUAUUGCAAACACAUCUGGUUGACAAGUUGUUGGAACAGCAUUGUCACAACUUGUUAACAAGCUUGCUACAAGCCUGUUGUGGAGACAACUUGUUGACAAGUUGUUGGAACAGCAUUGUCACAACUUGUUAACAAGCUUGCUACAAACCUAAUGCAAACACACCUUGUUGACUUUUGGGAAUUUUACUAGUUUAAGGAUGUUCUUUUAAGCUGUAAUGAUAGAUUUCUUCCUUCUUGUCUGGAUUUAAUCAACAGCUGGGAUCAUCUAUUCCUGUUUGGGGCAUUUGGAAACAUUUUUUCAACAGUCGUUUUUCGACUCCAUUUGGACGCCACAAGGUGGUAUAAAAACACAAUUGUGUAUUUUCUAAGGUGUGUAACAGUCCACUAUCAGAAGAGGCCGUGUUGGGAUUUGAGUAUGGCAUGAGUUUGGAAGACCCAAGCAACUUGAUUAUCUGGGAAGCUCAGUUUGGUGACUUCUAUAAUGGCGCUCAAGUCAUUGUUGAUACGUUUGUGUCCGCUGGUGAAAGUAAGUUGACUUCAGAAUAUGAUUAUGAUUUUUCAGCUCACACCACAUUGGGGCUUUUCAGUGGCCGAUUACAUCAAGUAUCACGCUUACUUGUAUUCCCUACACGGGUAAAAAUUGAUCAGGUUGUUCGGCGUUGUUCAAACAGUAGCGAACAAUGUUGUGCUGCACCCCGUGAACAAUAUUGUUAACAAGUUGUUCAACCAUCAGUACUGUUGCAAGUUGUUAACAUGACUGUCAACAAGUUGCAACAAUAUUGAUGGUUCAACAACUUGUUAACAAUAUUGUUCACGGGGUGCAGCACAACAUUGUUCGCUCCUGUUUUGAACAACUUGCAUCAACAUGAUGAUUUUUACGCGUGUACACGCGUAAAAACGCUCAGGUUGUUGCAAUAUUGAUGAAAACAGGAUUGAACAAUGUUUUGCUGCCCACAUUUUAUAUUGUUCACACUUGUCAACAAUAUUGUUACAUCCGAUUCAGGCUCAACAAUAUUGUUCAAUAUUGUUGAAAAGUGUGAACAACGUGGGAAGCAAAACAUUGUUCAAUCCUGUUGAGCAGCGGGCUGUACUAAGCUUAGACUAUUUAUUUUUUGCCACAAUUGUGAUACUACUUUCUUAACUGUGUUCAUCCUAACCCACCCUGUCAACUUUCCCUGUGGGAGGAAACCGGAGCGCCCGGAGAAUACCCACGACUUUUGGCAGAGCGUUGACAGAUUCAAAUUUUGUUUUUCGUGGGCCAAAGCGAGAUCUGAGGCAGUAUAACAUAGCCAUAUAGAGCAGUGGGAGAACAGGUCGACAUGUUUUCCCCUUAAUUUAUACCCCUUACCUAGGUACCCCAGUGGCCCAAUUCUGAUGGCAAGUGAAUGUUAUUCAAGGCAACUAAUUUUCAUGUCCAACUUGCCCUGAAACGAAAGUGGUCAAAAAAGUAAAGUUACAUCACUGUUAGUGGCUCAUACUGGGCCCUAAAACCUUACCCUGAGUUAACUAAAUCCUACUCUGGGGAGCCCACACUGGACCCUAAUCUUGGUUUUGGCCUCCAUUGUAAAACGUUUAAAAUAUACACUGAUUGCAGCAUCAAAGUGAUCUUUUCAAAAUAUUUUUAUGUUUUCAGCGAAGUGGCUUCUACAAAGUGGUUUGGUGAUGUUAUUACCUCACGGUAUGGAUGGUAUGGGACCUGAGCAUUCAUCUUGUCGUAUUGAACGUUUUCUACAGGUUCGUCAGGCAACGUGCUGAAUAAAUAUGUGAUCUUUCUGUCUUCAUGUCUGUUUUUAGCCUUCUGCUCAGGUCUACACCGUAUAGGCUAGUCUGUUUCUAAUUUUGUGCGAUAUUAUUUUGACAGUUGAGUGACAGCGAGGAAGAUGCAGUCGAUGGUGAUAAUGUAAAUAUUCACAUUGUGAAUCCCACAACACCAGCACAAUAUUUUCAUCUUCUGAGACGGCAG